AACCCACCAGUCACUGUGACGACAAGAACAGAACGCGCGCUGCUCCUGCUAUUACACACGAUCACAGAAGGAAUCCAACUUGGAAUUUAUCAGCUUCGCGUAAUUCUUCAUUCCUCUUUUCUUCCGAGCAAUGUCAUCUUGAGCAGACCACCGAACCCUCCACCCCUUCCGACGACUCCGCAUUCCUCCAGCCCAAAUUUAACCUCUCGAACUUACCACCUGGGCGCAAGGACAAAGAGGCCAACAACCAGUCGCGCAAGUCUCAGCUUCGAGCAAAGACAAUUUCAAGAUGGGGAACGGACGUAGAGGCGUCAAAUUUUCCCAUAAGAAGGGCAAUGGCAGCCUGGAUGGUCGUCGCACCAGCUUCUCGGAAGCGAGCGAGGACGGCUCUCCCACGAGAACGAGGAUGUCGCCUCAGAUGAAAGACAUCGCAGAGAAAGACGCAGGCGAGACGCAACAGACCGAGUACGAGAAAAAGAAGGCAAACUUCAUCACCCGAGGAAUAUGGACCCUGAUCAUGAUUGGGGGCUUCUUCGCCGCCCUCUUCAUGGGCCACAUCUACAUCAUCCUCAUCAUCACCGUCGUCCAGGUUAUCUCAUUCAAGGAGGUCAUCGCCAUCGCAAGCGUCCCCACGAAAGCCCGACAGCUCCGAUCCACCAAGAGUCUGAACUGGUAUUGGCUGGCCACCACCAUGUACUUCCUCUAUGGAGAGAGUGUGAUAUACUACUUCAAGCAUGUGGUCCUGGUGGACAAGAUGCUACUACCUCUGGCCACACACCACCGCUUCAUUAGCUUCAUGCUCUACAUCAUUGGGUUUGUCUUCUUCGUCGCAUCCCUGAAGGCGGGCCACCUCAAGUUCCAGUUCACGCAGUUCGCCUGGACGCACAUGGCGCUCCUGAUCAUUGUGGUGCAGGCGCACUUCAUUAUGAACAACAUCUUCGAAGGACUGAUAUGGUUCUUCUUGCCCGCCGCUCUCGUCAUUACAAACGACAUCUUCGCGUACAUCUGUGGUAUCACUUUCGGCCGCACACAGCUUAUUAAACUGUCGCCCAAGAAGACAGUGGAAGGCUUCGUGGGCGCCUGGGUGAUGACCAUCAUCUUCGGCUAUGGCCUGACGAAGCUGAUGAUGCGCAGCGGUUAUUUCAUCUGUCCAGUGACGGAUUUCGGCGCGAACGUCUUUACCGGCCUACAGUGUAAUCCGAACCCGGUGUUCCUUCCUUACACCUACGAACUUCCUGACUUCGUCUUUCUGCCGGCCAAUACGCACUUCAGCGUCACGAUAGAGCCGAUGCAAAUCCACACCAUAAUCUUUGCAACGUUUGCGUCUCUCAUCGCUCCGUUUGGCGGAUUCUUCGCCUCGGGUCUCAAGCGGACCUUUAAAAUCAAGGACUUUGGCCACUCGAUCCCCGGCCAUGGUGGCAUGACGGACCGUAUGGACUGCCAGUUCAUCAUGGGGUUCUUCACCUUCCUGUACUACCACUCGUUCAUUGCGACAUACAAGGUCUCGCUAGGUGGGGUCAUCGAGACCGCCAUCACGGGGCUGACGGUGGACGAGCAGAUUGAGCUGGUGAGGGGUAUGGCCAGAUACCUAGGAAAUCAGGGCGCACUGGGCAGUGAUAAACAAUAUAGCUAA